AUGUUGGUGCAAGUGGGAGUCGACGAGGAAGAAUCUGGGUCGGAUAUUGGUGUGGGAGAGGACAGAAUGGAAGAUUCUGACAAUGAAUUGUGGGGGCUAGAUGAGUGGAGAGAGUUUUUUAAGGGUGCAAAUGGAAGUAUAUUUAAGGUCAUCAGCAAUGCCAUCACAGUAGCUGCAAAAGAUCACCCUGAAGAGUUCAAGCUCAAAAGGGGUGAAAUUGUUGAGACAGCAUACUCAUCCUUUUGUUCCCUGCAUUGUUAUCAUCACCACAAUGAGCUAAGCAGAGAGAGCAGCUUUAAAGAUGAGCCUCAAGGUAUUAAAAGUAGGCCAAAUGGAAAUGCAGUUGAUUUGGCACAUUGUAAGGAGGCUGGGUGUGACGUCAUCAGAGAUGAUGCAAAUAUGAAGACUGUCCCAGAAAGCAAAUAUAGUUAUAGCGAAGCAGAGGCCUUAGUUGAAAUGAUCGAGCGAGAAAAAGAGGACAUCAUGGGGGUUUUAAGAAUUAAGGAGGUUCUUUGCAAUAGUCAAGAAGAGUCCAAAGCAGGACUAUUCGAGUCGCUGAGGAGGCUACAAUUGAUGGAUCUUAUCGAGCUUAUCCUUGUUGACAAUGGCACAAUAGAGCUUGUUGUGGAGCUUGUGGAAGUAGUGCAUACCGUCCUUAUUGAAGAAACCGGGAUGGUAUUUGUCAAAGAGGAUCUUGUGGUGCUAUAUUCUUCCAAUGAUGAAUGGCAAGGUCCUUCUUUCUUUGAUGAUUGGCAACAUUCUUCUUCACAACAAGGCUGGUAUGGAACCUCCCUUAUUGGUACUAUUAUGACUUUAGUUAAAGGCAUCGGAGGAGCUACGGUAUUCAAAGAUGAUGAAUGGCUUGAAUUGGUACGUUAUGCACAAAGCCCUCAUGAGGACAACGAUAUAAAGGUUUUCAAUUCUAGUUCUAUGGAAGUGGGUUACCUUUAUAGUCGAGUUGCUGUAAUUUUGUCUCCUUUACUUGAUGCUCACAAGAUUAUUCUUGAAGGGGAGGUGGCUAAUUCAAAAAUAGAAUGUAGUUCUAUUAUUUGUCGACUUACUUUGCAGAUUUUCUACUUCAUCUCCCGCGAGCAGGUUGCCUUACAGGAGUCAAAUUCCGAAAGGCAGCAUGCAGAAUCAUAA